UCGAGCGCUCCUCCAUGCUGCCCUAGUCGCUCGAAUACUUUUGCAAAUGCGAGGCAGAAAGCACGUUUUGCAGCCGCCGGGCGGCCGCAGGCGAGCGGUUGAUGCUGACUCUCUCUUCGAUUGUAUGGCGCAGGGCGCAGCGAAACGGCUGCAUCGAUUGUUGAGCGAAGGAGGCGACGUGAAUGUCCGCGACGAGUCGAGACGGACGCUCGUUAUGCGAGCUUGUUAUGUCGAAGACGACGCGAAGAGGGAGGGAGUUGUGAGGGUGUUGCUUGAGCAUGGGUGUGACGUCGACGUGCAGGACGAACUGGGACGGACGGCGAUGACUUAUGCGGCUCUGUUUGGUCGGUGCGAUGUGGUGAGGAUGCUAGUCGAGGCCGGUGCCGAUCCGUUUAAAGAGGAUGUCGACGCCAAUUCGCCUCUUUAUCACUGCUCGUCGGUUGGCAAUGCGGAGAUUGCUCGCAUACUUAUUGCGACGUACUACAGUCGCGGACUGAAUGUGAACAAGCGCAACCUGCAGGGUAUGACGCCUCUGCUGCAGGCGGCUAAGUUGGGACAUACUGAGUGUGCAUUGGUGCUGGUGACGGAAGGCAAGGCGGUGUCGAGUAUUCGAGAUUUGGAUAACUUUAUGAAUGCCGAGGAGUGGGCGAGAGCUAGUGGGCAAUUUAGUAAGGAGGAUUUACUGGUUUUGUCGCCUGUUUUGGCAAGAAAGAUGUUGUGUAAGGAGAGGAGGAGACACGAGGGGAGAAAGAUUUUGUCUGAUUUUUAUAGUCCUGUGGUUGCUGGUCGAUCGGAUGGGCUUGUACGACAGUCUGGGAAUACGUUUCAUUUUGUGUCUCAUAGUGAGGAGGAUGGAGGUGGUGGAGAGGAAGGGAGUGGUCAUAACAAUGUGGCUCUCACUCUUUACUCUGCAUCCACUCCUAACCUGUCGUUGCCUUCGUUGUCGUCGCACUCUGUUUGUGGAUUUAAUGCGUUUUCGUGUGUCGAUUCGUUGGCGACAUCGAGAUCUGUCGAUUCACAACCGAAGUCUAUGUUUCAGUUGCCGAAAGUUAAGGCUGCUACUGACUUCAUGAUCACUGAAGAACCGGUUUCGCCAUCUAUGAAGACGAAGGUACAGAAAAUUAGUCCGCGGAUGGCUACAGUACAAGAGGACGGUUUUGGUCGAAUUGCAUCGAGUAGUGGGAUUCGAUUGCCGAAUCAGAGUGGUUGUGAGUUGAAUGGAUUAGAUGAUAAAUCAGUGCGGUUUCCAUCAGUUCAACAAGUGCCAUACAGUAAGUCGUCGAUGCCUGCCAAUCCACGAUCAUUGACUCGUCUAAAAUCGCUACCAAAUCAACUCCAUCACAGUGUCGGUUCACUUUCGAGUCAGAAUUCAGUGGAAACUGCGCGUUCGCCAACGAUGCUAGAAAAGCAGCAGAAAUCAUCGAGUGGUAGUAGCAGUAGUCACACGCGAACUCACUCCUACUAGACAAUAUGCAAUGAAUGUGAUGCAUCUGGUACUGCCAUCGUCGCUGGUAGCUUUUCAAAUUGGUUUAUAAGGUUUGUAUACUGUGAAGCUCAGACAAACUAUUUUGGCUGUACAUACAAUACAACUGCCUACUUUGCUAGGAAACGAGAAAAGUUAAUAAAUAAUAAAUUGAUUAAUUAAUUAAUGAGUGUGAG